AUGCUCAGAAUCGAGCUUUCGGGUCCAGAAUAUCAACACCUCAGCGUUGUUGAUGCUCCUGCGCUUUUGCACAAUCCAACCAAGUAUCAGACUGCCAAAGAUGGAGUCAUCAUCAGGAAUCUCAUAGCGGAAUAUAUCAUGGACAAGCGCACUAUUAUUCUUGCGGUUAUGGAUGCGCGAAAUAAUCUGGUGAACCAGAAAGUGUUCUCCAUGGCGCGAGCAGCUCAUCCUCAGGGCAAGCGUACCGUGGGGAUUAUCACCAAAUGUGACACAGUAGCAGAAGGGGACGAAGAGGUUGAGCUGGUUUUGUGUAUUGAUAAGCUCACUAUCGAGUUCGGGGAUGGACUGGGAUAUAGGAGCAUCAAGAUAGCAAAAGGAUACUGGAUGCCAGCAAGAUAA